AUGAAGCUCACUGGUGCUCUCCUGUUGCUUGGGGCUGCCCUGCUCCUGACCUCUGGGGGAAAUUGUGGCAUUUGCCCUGCUUUGGAGGAGGACCUUGCUCUUUUCCUUGGCCCAUCUGUGCCUGACUAUGUGGAUUUCGUGAGUCAGUACAGAAACGAGUCUGCCAUAUUGGAAAAUGCUGAAUUUCUGAAGAUAUGUGUUGAUAACAAGCUGACAGAGGAAGACAAGUCGAAUGUGCAGAGUUUGGUGGCGAAAAUAGAUGCUAGCCCACUCUGUUGA